UAGAAAGAGAGAGAGAGAGAGAGUAUAAUAUAAUGGCGUUCGCGGCGGGCGCACAUUCUUGCAAUUCGUCUGUUAUAACACUGAUACCUGCAUGCUGAGGAGAAUCGGCUCGGUUCCUGGCUCCGCUAACUCCGUCGCGCUUCACCAGGUGAGAGACCUCUCACCUCUCUUCCUCGGAUCGGGCUCGAGCAUCGCCGAAUCGGUUCGCGGGCGUCGUUACCCCGAGGAGAGCCGUCUCGGGGACGGAAAGUUGUCGCGAAAGCGUGGCGCCCGAAACUGGUGGUUGUGUACUCACUCACUUUCUCGUUCCGCGUCGCGUGAAGAGAGAAAACUCUCGAAUUGUAUUUGCCAUUCGUCCCGGCGAACUCGAUUCCCGAUGAGGAGGUCGACAAGGAGCUGAGAAAUCUCCGGAAUCUCGCGUCUUCGUAUACUCGUCCAUUCAUCGGCCCAACGUGUUUUGUGGAGCAUCUCGUGACGUACUUCCUCCUCAAGAAUGGAUCCGUCAUUCUAGCGUCGUAAUGUUAUUACAGGCAUAAAACAUGCCUGAUCCUUGCUGUUUGUACAAGUUGGACACCGUUUAAUCGAUUGGAAUUAUUUUCUGUACUUGUCUCUGUGCAUGCACAUCCUCUCAUCAUGUCUGCGAAUACUCAAUUUGCAAAUCCGCCACCGGUUGUCACCUUACCGAAUAUGUCUGUACCUCCACCUACAACGUCAAACUUAUCGGCGCCACCGCCGAAUUUGACUACGAUAAACACAUCGGGCAGCUAUCAGCAUCGUUAUCCGAAUCACAGAGAAAGCAGUCGCGGUUUCUUCAAGCCCUUCAGACCUUAUCACGCCCCAAAAGUCGUCGCCGGAGGACAAGAUACUCUGCAGGAUGAGUUUGAUGGAAAGAGGCUUAGGAAAUCUGUUAUGCGAAAGACUGUUGACUACAACUCCGCCAUCAUCAAAAGCUUAGAAAAUCGGGUAUGGCAGCGGGACUACAGGGAUCGACGCGCGCUUCAGCCAGAUGUAAUAUACUAUCCCGAUUUACUCCCUCCACCAAGUUACAUUGACAAUCCAAUAAAUGCAGUUACCACGAGAUUCGUAAAAACGGCCACCAAUAAAAUGCGUUGUCCAAUUUUUUGUAUGGCCUGGACACCAGAGGGUAGGCGUCUUGUCACUGGUGCUUCGAGUGGAGAGUUUACACUAUGGAAUGGCCUUACUUUCAAUUUUGAAACUAUUCUGCAGGCACAUGACAGCCCGGUAAGGACAAUGGUAUGGUCGCACAAUGAGAGCUGGAUGGUAACGGGGGACCACGCAGGCUACGUGAAAUAUUGGCAGAGCAACAUGAACAACGUCAAGAUGUUUCAAGCGCACAAAGAAGCGAUUAGAGGACUCAGUUUCAGUCCAACGGAUCACAAAUUGGCGACCUGCAGCGAUGAUGGAACUGUAAGAAUUUGGGACUUUCUUCGCUGUCAUGAGGAACGAAUACUCAGAGGUCAUGGUGCAGAUGUCAAAUGUGUCCAUUGGCAUCCGCAGAAGAGUCUAGUCAUUUCCGGCAGCAAGGACAAUCAGCAACCGGUGAAAUUGUGGGAUCCUAAGACCGGACAGUCCCUGGCGACUCUGCAUGCGCACAAAUCGACCGUGAUGGACGUAAAGUGGAACGAAAACGGUAACUGGUUGGUGACCGCGUCGAGGGAUCAUCUGCUGAAACUGUUCGAUCUGAGGAAUCUUAGCCAGGAGGUGCAGACGUUCCGUGGUCAUAAAAAGGAGGCCUCCAGCGUUGCCUGGCAUCCGAGUCACGAAGGUCUCUUCUGUAGCGGUGGUAGUGACGGCGCCAUCCUCUUCUGGCACGUAGGGGCUGAUAAAGAAGUGGGAGCUAUUGAGCAAGCGCAUGAUAGCAUAGUCUGGACAUUGGCUUGGCAUCCGCUGGGACAUAUCCUGUGUUCCGGUAGUAACGAUCACACAUCUAAGUUUUGGACGCGCAAUAGACCGGGAGACCUGAUGAGAGACAAAUACAAUCUUAAUACGUUACCAGCGGGAGCAGCUGGCAUUGACGAUCACGAGAUCGCUGAUGAAGCAGCGGUGAUACCUGGUAUGGGACCGGAGGAUAGAAUCAACGCCGAUGGCGAAUCCGAGGACAAGAGCGGCGGAAUUCCAGGUCUAGACCUGGAUCAUGCUGUGGAUGAGGGCAAGAAAUUCGCCAACAAAAAAGUUCCAUACAGCAAACCGAUACCACGAAACUUCCAAGCUCAGUGGAAUGAGAUGGAGGCUGAGGAUAUGGAGCAGGUCGAAGCGCUUAACGCGUUUGUCAAUCAAUUAAUAGAGACUACACCUGGCGCUGUGCCAUUGAACGAAGUCACGCCUAACGCCAUUAUAUUAUACGGAAAAAUGAUUACUGUAGAAUCGGAUUCAAAAUUGGCGGAGGCGAUUACUAAAGGAACCGAAGCCAUAAACAAAUUAGUAUUCUCCGGUGAAAUAGAGGAAUUAAGAGACGUGGUGGGUCCACCGGACAACGUGGACGAAGCCGAGGAAUACCUGCAGGAUGACGGCGAGAUCGACUAUUCCAAAGUACCGGAUAUAGAUCUGCCGCCGCCAUUGCCCAGUUCCAAGUUCGCGCAGAAUCCCGAGCUCCUGAAGACGCUGAAUCGCGGCGGCAAGCGCAAGUUCGAUCAACUGAUUGGUUGGAGCGACGGCGGAGCCAGCGAUCGCACGUCCAAGAUCCAUCAACCGGUCUUCGGUGGUAUUCCGAUUACGGAGGAUUCGCAGUCCAGCGAUACGGAUUUAAGAUUCGGCAAGUCGUCCAACGCCGCGGAUGUCAACUCGUUCCAAGACGAGGAUCACAGAAGAGGCGGUCUCCUUGGAGAUUCCGCGAGGAGUAGCAGUCGCGGCGAUGAGGAUCUGAGGUACGGCAGACCCGGUUCGCGUAACGAGUUCGGCAACAAUUUCGCGGACAAGGAUUUCCGCAACAUCGAUUUCCCACCUAAGAAGCUCCUGGACAUGGACGAUAUGUACGACGAGCGGGAUCGCGACGGAGGUCGUUGGUCGAAUGAUGAAGAGAAGAGUAUGGGCGAUGGUCUGCGCAAAUUAGACGGUACCUACGCCGGCUUUGGCGAUAAACGGGACAACGGCAUGGCGGCGAUGGGCCCGGGUGGCAUCGGCAAUAGCAUACAUGGUCACAUGGCCGGUAUGCCGCAUCUGCAGGUGAAUCACCACAAUAUGCAGAACAUAAAUCCCAACAUGCCGCCGCCGAUACCGAGUCUGGUGCCGCAUCCCGGCAUGCCGCAACAUCUCGGCAUGCAGGGGAAGCCGCCGCCACCGCACCCCGGCCUAGACGGCCCGAUACCGCCUCACAUGAUGCCGCCUCAUCCGGGUAUGCAUCAUCCAGGCUUUGGACCCAACGGACCGCCACCACCCGGCGGCUUUGGACCCAGCUUUCGGCCGCCGCCGAACGGUAACUUUGGACCAAAUCACUUCAGACCGAGUCCGAUGCCACCGUUUGGCCCGAAUCACCAGGGUCCACCGCCGCCGUUUGGCAACAGUUUUCAAGGCCCGCCCAACGCUUUUCGCGGACCCAAUGCUGGCCCGAUGAGCUUCGACCGGCCCGGUUUCGGGCCCAACUUUCGCGGUCAGAACCCGCAAGCUCAGUUAAACAAUUUCAACUCCAAUUUCGGCAGCUUCGGCAAGAACGGACCUAAUCGCGGCAUCAGUCGUGGCGGUGGUGACAUAGGCAGAAGUGGCUUCAGCAAUCGCGGUAGAGGACGUGACAACGAUCAGUCGAGAGGUGGCAGAGGAAGGGACUAUUAAAAGGAUUUCUUGAAACACAGAUGUAUCGGUUGCACAUAAGUGAUGUCUUACGUGAACCGUAAUUCACCUACAUACCGAGACGUGACAAUGUCAGUGUUGACUUAUUGUUAGUGUGUAAAGUAAUGUAAUUGUGUCGAAAUUGAAUAACGAUUGCGAAUUCUCGUAUUCGCAUGCGAGGAGAAAGAAACUACUAUUCGUAUAAAAUAAAUAUACAUGUAUAUUUUUACGAUUCGUCCAGAAAGAGGGUGAUAACAAUCGGAUUUAUCGCUGGACCGAUUGAUUGCAUCCAAUACGGAUUUGUUGGGGUGAACUUUCCUCUUUUCCCGAGGAUGAGGAAACAAACGAAUCGCCAGUUUCGAUUUUAAUUAUUCCGGAUUCACUCGAUCCGGAUUGAUGACUGUGCGGUGCGACUCUGCGAAUCUGUCACGUGUACGAAUAGCCUUCUUUAGAAGAAUAGGCGAAGAAAAUUGUAAUAUAAUACGCAUUGUAGAGGGAUCGAAUGGAACACACGAAUAUAAUUAUUCCGAUAGAAACCGUGUCACAAGCUGCCUUUUUGCGAGGGGAAUUUCUGUUCCGCGUUUGUGAAGCUCGACAAUUGCAUGUCGAUCAUGUGUGAUCCCAGUAAAAAAGGAAGCACGAAUGAGUGCGAUUGAGAUAUUCCAUGUUCUUUCGUUUGCUGAAGAAUAUGAGAGAGCGAGAGAGUGUGCCGGAACAGUCUAUCUAUUAUUAAUAAAACGAAAUAACAUACAGUAUUCUUCGUUUCUGAAAGUCUUUGAUUUUGCAUGUAUUCGAUUUUCUCUGAUCCUGUAUAAUACGAGACUGCGAUAAGUCAACGAAUAUAUUAGAAUCUUGAUGAAUUUUCAAAGGAAGAUGAAAUUAUUUACACUAGUGAUUGGAACUGCGACGAUGAUGAGUUUUUAUUACGGAGAUAAAUUUAUGAGAAUUGUUCUUCUCAA